AUGCCCAUGGAAAAGCUGUUUACCUUGAUCUACCGGGACGAUCGUGCGCCGGGAGCUCUCUGGGCCUGUGGGGAGGGUACACCCAUCAUGUACGACCUGGAAGAAGAAGCCGCCAACCAAAAGGCAUUGCCAGGGAGGAGUGCUUGCAAGAGAAGUAAUGAUCAUCAGUCAUGGCCAGAGCUUGGGAACCAGCAUGAAUUGCGCAUAUAUGACCCUUGGUAUCCUUUCUUUCAUGCCUCGCUAGACUAG